CCAGACAGUAUAGAUCAUAGAAGAAAAAGAAAAUGAAAACUAAGCGCAACAAGUACAACGAAACAAAUCGCGGAAAUGGUGUCAUUGUUUGCGUGUUUACAUCUAAAACCAAUUGCUGCAUCUGUUAACACGUAAAUCGUGUAACUAUUGCGAGAAUGAGCACAUUUUGAGCAAGCAUCUGCUUUCUUUUCCAGUCAGUCCAAAGUUGGAUGGAUGUUUGUGUUUAGAGAAUUUGUAGAUAGUAUAAGAGAAGGUCAUGGCGAUAGCGCACGCCGCCACAGAGUACUUGUUCACGGACUUCGUGCUGAAGGAGCCCUCGUCAGAGAACAGGUACAAAGGCAUCCGUCUGGAUCUGGCCCUGGAUAAGAUGGUCACCUGCGUGGCUGUGGGGCUGCCUCUGCUGCUCAUCUCUCUCGCCUUCGCUCAGGAGGUGUCUGUCGGUACACAGAUUAGUUGUUUCUCCCCCACGAAGUUCUCGUGGCGUCAGGCUGCUUAUGUGGAUUCGUACUGUUGGGCUGCAGUGCAAACACAGGACACAGGAGGCCUGCCGCUAUGGCUGCACAAGUUUUUCCCUUAUAUCCUUUUGCUGGUGGCAGUAUCCGUUUACUUGCCAGCGUUGUUUUGGCGGUUCACCGGAGCUCCUGUGCUUUCUUCUGAUCUGACCUUUAUAAUGGAAGAACUGGACCGGUCCUAUAACCGAGCCAUCAAACUGUCUAAAUGCCUUUACAAGGCAGGAAAACUGGACUCGGAGUCAGCCCGCAUGGGCUCACAGAGCUCUGUGAGAGAUCUUACCGAGAGCUGCUUUAAAUAUCCUCUGGUGGAGCAGUACCUGAGGACCAAACGCUUCUCUCGAGGAUUAGUGAUCCGAUACCUCCUCUGCCGCGCCAUCACUUUGUUGGCCCUCGUGUUAGCCUGCAUCUACCUUUGCUAUUACAUCCGUCUCUCCUUCACAGAUGAGUUUCAAUGUGACAUCCGCACUGGAGCGGUUCUCAACGACUUCUCAGUUCCUCCGGCCAUGCAGUGCAAGCUAGUCGCCGUGGGCAUCUUUCAGCUCCUGAGCUACAUCAAUCUUUGUGUGUAUUUGCUGCUGGUGCCAUUGUGCUUGUACGCCAUGUUGGUUCCGUUCAGAAGAAACAUGGGCUUCUUGAAACCUUAUGAGAUGCUACCCACUAUAGGGGUAAUGCAGUUUGGGCAGGUGACCUGGGAUGAUCAAGCACUCUAUCUGCUGUUUCUGGAGGAGAACCUCAGUGAGCUGAAGAGUUAUAAGUACCUAAAGGUUUUGGAGUUGUUAAAAGAGGAGGGAGACGAUUCUUUUGACACCAUAAUGCUGUUGCAGACACUUGGACAAGUUAAAACAGAUGUGGUGGACGGCAGAUUGCCAGGAAAGGACCAGAAUAUCUUCAGCACCAACAAUGGUGCCACUGAAAUGAAAGAGAUGUCUCCAUUGCUGCAGGACAGCGGAUUGAAAAAUCAUGAAGAUGAGAAGGUUGUGCGCCAGAGGGUGAUCUGAACUGUUAUUGCAGUGUAUGGUGACCGCCUGCAUCAACAUCUGGAACAGACAGACGAAUACAUUUUGGGGAAAGGAGGAGAACAAUUGAAGUCUCAUUCUUGCAUAAAUGCAUUACUGGGAUCCACUAAGAAUGCAGUUGCAUUCUGUUUUAGUGCUUCUUGUAGCAGGGUUGGGGUAUUGACGGUUUUAUAUUACUUUAAUUUUUCACAUUUAGUUUAAUAGUCCCAUUCAUAGUAAAAUUUUAACAGCAGAAAAUGUGUCUGGCUCAAACACUUCUAUACUGUUGCUAUCACUAAUGUGGCAACACUACGUAUACUUGACUUGAGAAAACUGACAUAUUUAGUUGCAUGCUCACAUUGUCACCCACAUAGACAAAAUCUGCCUGUGAGCAUUUGCUGAUUCUCUCAGUCUGAAAUAAUGGGAAAAUUGUAAUAAACUGAAAGAAAAUAUUAAUCUUUUUGAAAUAUGAAUUGUGGGAAGAAGUGAAAAGAAAUGGCACAAUGGAUCAUCUACUGUUUCUGCCAAGGUUGAUAUUGUCAGUUUGUUUACCUUUCUGCAUCCAUGUUUUUUUGUUUGUUUCGUUUUUCUUUAUAUAUACUUGUGUGAAUUAUGUUUUGCGUCUGUCUCUUUUCUCUGGAAAUAAAGAUUGAUUUUUGCA